AUGCCUCCCCGCGACCAACUCGCCGACCAUCUCACCGACCGCCUCGCCGCCGUCCCCGAACAGUACCGAGACGUCUUCACCCGCCUGGUCUCCUCCGCCUUCCACCCGGAGCUGAACGAGAACCGGUCGUCGCGCGGUCCGCCUUUCGUCAACAAGAACUGCGAUGAGGUCCGCCGGGAGAUUCGGGACUUUCUCGGCGCGCAGCAGAUGACGCCCGGCCAGUUUCAGCGGCUGAUUGGCGUGUCGGCGAAGUCGUAUCGGGAUUUUGUGGGCCAGGCUGGCCUGGAGAAGGGGGCGAGGUCGGUGACGUUUCAGGGGCAGCAGGAGCAGCAGGUUUUGGGGGAUGGUACGGGGAAUUCUACUGCGGGUACGGGUAUGGGUACGGGUAUGGCCGUGGCUAUGGCCACGGUUACGCAGAAGAGGGCGAGGACGGCUACGGCGGCUACGGUGGGGAAGGGUAGAGGUAGCGGCCGUGCAGCUGAUGGAAACUUGGAGUAUGAUGUUUCUGGUAUUGAAUUGGAGGAUGAGGAGGACGAUGAGCUUGAGGUGCCCGUGUUUGAGACCUGUGAUCGGGUUAGAGACAUGAUCCGGAAGCAUGUCGAGAGGCCCGGUGUCACCAAGGCCGGGUUCCUGAGAGAUGCGGCCAAGGCGGCUUUCCCUGGGGGCGAGAAGACGAUCAACUCCGAUUUGCUGCACGUGUUCCUCAAGCAAGAGGGUGCCCUCGUGGGCAACACGGCCCUAGUAUUCUAUGCGGCAUAUGUCCUCUUCGAGAAGUUGAGGAUCAAGAAUGGGGAGCCGAAGGAUGGGUUUCGCCUGACCAUGGAGGGCAUCUGGCCUUAUGGGAGCGAGCGAGAGAAGCCGGUCAACGGACCCUGGAUCGUUCGGACCGGAAGCCAGCCAUAUAUCAACGAGUUUGGGCAAGUUCGGAUCAUGCGGCACUGUUAUCCAUAG